AUGCCGCGGCGAGGUACCGGCCGUGAAGAACCGAGGAUUGAGGCAGAUAUUGGACGUGACACCACAAGUCUGGUGAUUCGUCGGCUGCCACAGCACAUCACGACAGAGAGGUUGGUAGAGGUUCUCCGUGAGUCGUCAAAGGGACGAUUUGACUUCGUGCACAUCCCACACGACCAGCAGACAGGGCUGAAUGUUGCAUUGGCCUUCGUCAACUUUGUCGAUCAUGAUGCGGCAGAGAAAGCAUACCGGACUCGGCUGAUGCGGCCAACCGGUGGUCGAAAUCCACUCGGGCCAAUACGCAUCAGACCAGGCACCAUCCAGGGUUUGGGUCCAAACCUGGCAUACUUCAUCACUCGUUUUGGGCUGGAUGCCCUUGAGGGACCCAGUGCACCUCAAGUGUUCGAAGGAGGGCAGCGUGUGCCGCUGACAGUCUCGUUUCUCCACAAGUAUGUCACGGUAGACAUGCUGAAGUCGCAGCUCGAUGAGCUUGCAGGGUCAGAUCCUGUGAUCAGUUCCAGGAUCGAAGAUCAGUUCUCCCUGCUCUUUCCCACGGAAGCCUUUGCAGCACCACGAAUUCCUGCAGAUGUCAGCCUUUCGGGGGACAGCACGGCGAUGUCGAGUGCACGGGCCUGGCUUGACGGAAACCCUACCGAUCCCUCCAGCAAGGACACAAGGGAUACUCCCGAUUCGAUUGUCGUUGCUCCAAGCUUCCGAUCUGACCUGAGUAAUUCGUCCAGUGACCAGGAUGUUGGCGGAGUUCCGCUUUCUCCACAAGGACAGACUUCUAUACCAGGUCGUGGCUUGGAGCGUCUGGCGCACUACAGCGAAGGUGGCAUGACGGUCUACCAGCUCUAG